GUUGAGUUAGGCAAGGUACCUGGCGCCUGGUAGUUCUAUUUCUGGUUCUAACCAAAGUGCCUGCUUUCAUCUUUCUUCGACGCCUGGAAGUUCACACAUGCACCUCAGCCUACAGGUCAUGUGCUCAGGAACAAUGCAUAUGUCCCAAACUACAUGUACACACACGUGGUAGUUCAUCAUCAUGGUCUCGUUCUGGCCCUUCCGGAGCGGCGCCAACGAUGCCGCGUCGUUUGAGAAAGAGCUGAGCCAGCUGUCGGCCAAGAUCAACAAGGCCACGGCACAGAACGAGCAAUUCCAGCAGCGACGGCGGCGCUACAAAGUGCUAUGGACCCUCUACUCCUCCUUCACCUACAUCCUCGUCGUUGCUAUCCUGACGCUGGUCACUGGCUGGGAUCAAUGGGGACCGCUCGAGUACUCGGUCAUCGCUGGCAGUCCUGUGCUCAUUUACACCCUGCGCACUGCACUGGACGCCUAUUACAACUACCGCAUCGCCAACUCACAGAACCAUCUGAAUGCGCUGAACGGGCAGAGGGAUCAGGCCAUCAAGAGACUGAAGUCCGCUACCAAGUAUGACAGCACCCAGCAGCUGCUGGAGAAAUACGGUGGAUCUCCACCAGUGAAGAAGCAGCAGCAGCAACAGCAGCAGCCGGAGUCCAAGGCAAAGAGGCAGUCGGACAUUGGGCCAGGUGGUAGGACGAACUUAUCACAGGCCAGGACGGGCUUUGCGCCUCCGCCGACAGCGAACAUUCCCAGCAGACAGCCACCUCCUCCGAUUCCCCCACCGCAAGAUGCCCCGCGUCCUCCCGUAGGUCUCACCUUAGACGCAUCACCACCAAAUCAGAAUGCGCCAGGAGAGGAAUUUGCACCAAACGCAUUCAGUCCGACUUUCAGCAGACCGCCACCGCCACGAGAACCAUCUCAAUACGAUACGCAAGGGCCGAAAUGGUAUGAUCGCAUCAUGGACGUGGUGCUGGGAGAAGACGAGACACAGGCGAAGAACAGGAUAGCUUUGAUCUGUCAGAGCUGCAGAUUGGUUAAUGGUCAAGCACCACCAGGGACAAGGACGCUGGAAGAAGUGGGGAAAUGGAGAUGCAGUGCAUGCCACGCCAUGAAUGGUGUCGAGAGUGAGGAGAAGAAGAUUCUGAAGCAGAUUGCUGCCGAUCCAGUAUCAUCGGUCGACACAGACGAAGCCGCACAGGAUGAGAUCAGUAAACAUGAGGAUGAAGAUGAAGAUGAACAUCUUCAAGACGACGAUGAUGAUGACUCUCCACCCGCAGCCUCCACUCGCAGCAGCAAAGCGCGACAGAGAAAGAAGGCUUGACCAGGGUCAUCACAUCAUGAACCAUAGCCCAUAACAUCAAAAUUCCACCAACCAAACAUUCCACCUCUCACUCACAACUUACUCCCCUCCUUCCUCUUCACCCACCUCCCCACCGCCUCCACCCCAGCCCUCGCCACCUCCUCAUCCUGCCCGGGCGUCCCCGUACUCACUCCAAUCGCCCCUACAACCUGCCCCUCAAUCUCAAUCGGCACCCCACCCCCAAUCAACGUAAACCUCCCAUCAUUCGAAUUAUGAAUCCCAUACGCGACGCCUCCCGGCGCGAAAUUUUUCGCUGCUGCUCCCGUCGUGUACGCGGAUGUUGGAAUGCGAUGUCCUGCGGCCGUGAAGGCUUUGUUGAUGGCGAUGGAAAUUGAAGUGAGUUUUGCUGUUGGCAUGCGGGUGAAAUGGAGGAGGUGGAGAGUCGAGUCUACGAGGGCGAUGUUGAAAUCUAUUCCUAAUUGUUUGGCUUUUUCUUGGGCGGCGUUGGAGGCGAUUUGGGCUGCUUCGAGGGAGAGUUGGGGGACGGAGCGGGUUGCCAUUGUGGAGGUUGUUGUCUUGUUUGGACGGGGUUGUUAAGGUAUGUUUUGUUUUCUUCGGAGUCCCUCUUUCUAGAAAGUGGAUAUACCAAGAGUAAGCUGGUAUAGAAGGACAAGCAAGGCACUUGCUGUGGAGGUGAGUAUAAGUGAAACUAUGAGUGAGGAUGAACAAGUCUGAAGAAGACCAGAAAAGGUCGAAUUGAUAUUCGGUUGUUGUUGAUC